AACAAUGAGUAAAGCCUUCCUCUCUUCUUUGUAUCUACUCAUAUGCCUCUGUUCCUCUCUUGGUGAUAUUUCCAUCAUCGAUUGACUUUUGGGGCCACGUUAUUUACAACAGAAGUUUUCUCACUGUCUAACUCACUCAUCUUGAAAAUCUUUCUAUGCAAUCAUGCCUAGUCAGGACAGUUAAUCUUUCAUGUUGAAGAUAUUCUGUUUUCAUAAGGUCAACAUGUACCUCACCAGUAUUUACUUUUAUACAGGUUGCUGCUGUGCAGGAGAGAAUGUAGAGGUACCGACUGAGGAGAACAUUUCCGUUAGAGUGUCACAGACAAAGAAUCCCAGGGAAAUCUUGUCUUCCCAGAACAGCCACCCCUGUGAGAAUUGUGGAAUAAUCUUGGGAAACAUUUUCCACGUGAUGGAGCUGCAGGGAACACAACACGGACAGAUACUGUUGAAGUGUGGGGCAUGUGCAACACGGUUUUAUUUCACUGUAAAAUUUCACCAGCAGCAUGUGAGAAAGAAAUCUGUCAUUAGAAGUGUGGACAGAAUCUCACUUGCAAACAGCUGUAAUUUCAAUGUGUCCCAGAAGCGUUUCACCUGCCGGAAAGUUGGGCUGGGUGUCCCUACCGAAUCAGGACAUCGCCUACUAAACGCCCCUCAGACCAGGGACAGUCCAAAUGCUAUUUCAGCUCCUGGGAUGAAGUUUCAAAGGAGACAAAAUUGUUACACUGGGAAAGAAUAUAAGAAAGACAUUAGUUGCACCCAGAUAUUUUUUCAGGAAAAGGGUGUCGAUGUUGGAAAGCGAUGUUUUGUGUACUCUGAAUGUGAAAAAUCUUUUGCAACUAACUCUCACUUUCAUAAUCAUCAGAGAGUUCACACAGAAGCAAAGCCUUAUCAAUGCACUGAAUGUGGGAAAACUUUUACCACUAACGCCAAACUUCGUAGACAUCAGAGAGUUCACACUGGUGAAAAGCCUUAUCAAUGCAGUGAAUGUGGAAAAACUUUUACAAGUACCACGGGUCUCCAAUAUCAUCAGAGAGUUCACACUGGAGAAAAGCCUUAUAAAUGUAUUGACUGUGGGAAAGCUUACACCAGUAGUACUAAACUUUGUCGUCAUCAGAGACUGCACACUGGAGAGAGACCUUAUCAUUGCAGUGAAUGUGGGAAGUCUUUUAUCACUAAAUCGGAACUUCAUUGUCAUCAGAGAGUUCACACUCGAGAAAGGUCUUAUCAGUGCAGUGAAUGUGGAAAAUCUUUUAAAACUAACUCUCACCUUCAUAGUCAUCAGAGAGUUCAUACGGGAGAAAAGCCUUAUAAAUGCUGUGAAUGUGGAAAGUCUUUUACACGUAGCAUUGGUCUCCAGUAUCAUCAGAGAAUUCACAAAGGGGAAAAGCCUUAUCAAUGUAGUGAAUGUGGAAAAACUUUUACAGAUAUCAAGGGUCUCCAAUGUCAUCGGAGAGUUCACACUGGAGAAAAGCCUCAUAAAUGCAGUGACUGUGGAAAAUGUUUUAUUGCUAGGGCUACACUACAAUAUCACCAGAGAGUUCACACGGGAGAAAAGUCUCAUAAAUGCAGUGAAUGUGGGAAAUCUUUUACCCGUAAGUCCUACCUUCAUACUCAUCGGAGAGUUCAUACAGGAGAAAAGCCUUUUAAAUGCAGUGAAUGUGGAAAAUCUUUUAUCACCAGCAGUAUACUUUAUCGUCAUCAGAGAGUUCAUACAGGAGAAAAGCCUUUUAAAUGCAGUGAAUGUGGAAAGUCUUUUAUCACCAGCAGCAUACUUUAUCGUCAUCAGAGAGUUCAUACAGGAGAAAAGCCUUAUGAAUGCACUGAAUGUGGGAAAUCUUUUACCGAUAAGGCCCACAUUCACAGUCAUCAGAGAGUUCACACUGGAGAAAAACCUUAUAAAUGCAGUGAAUGUGGGAAAUCUUUUACUGCUAGGGCUACACUACAAUAUCACCAGAGAGUUCACACAGGAGAAAAGCCUUAUAAUUGCAGUGAAUGUGGCAAAUCUUUUACUGGUAAGUCCUACCUUCGUACUCAUCAGAGAGUUCAUACAGAAGAAAAGCCUUUUAAAUGCAGUGAAUGUGCAAAGUCUUUUAUCACCAGCAGUAUACUUUAUCGUCAUCAGAAAAUUCAUACUGGAUGAAAUCCUUUUAAAUGCAAUGAAUGUGGAAAGUAUUUUAUCACCAGCAGUAUGCUUUAUCGUCAUCACAGAGUUCAUACAGGAGAAAAGCCUUAUAAAUGCUCUGAAUGUGGGAAAUUUUUUACCACUAAGGCCCACCUUCAUAGUCAUCAGAGAGUUCACACUGGAGAAAAGCUUUAUAAAUGCAGUGAAUGUGGGAAAUCUUUUACCUGGAGCGUUGACCUUCAUCAUCAUCAGUGUUCGCACAGGAAAAAAGUCUUAUCAAUACAGUGAAUGUGGGAAAUCUUUUGCAGGUCGCAAUGGUCUCCAAUAUCAUCUAAGUUCUUACAGGCGAAAAGCCUUAUAAAUGCAAUAACUGGGAAAUUUUAUACCAGUAGCACCAACCUUCAUCAUCAUCAGACAGUUCAUACAGGAGAAAAUGCUUAUAAAUGCAGUGAAUGUGGGCAGUCUUUUACAACUAACUCUCACCUUCAUUGCCAUCAGAGAUUUCAUACACGAGAAAGUCAUAAUGAGUGUGAUUAACGUGAGAUAUCUCUGCCUAAUUUGUAAAUUUGCUUUGCACAAAAGAGUCCGAAUGUGAAAAAUUUCUUAAAUGUGUUGAAAAUGUAGUUUCUUAACAAUUAAGAAAUUGUUAUUUGUUAAAUUCUAACAGUGUGAAUUGUUAGGACUUAACAGUUCUAUAAGAAAAUAUGUUGGAGAAACUAAGAUGGCGGCAUAAGUAAACACCAAAAUUGCUGCCCCCUACAACAACUUCAAAAAUACAACAAAAAGACAAAACGGACAUCAUCCAGAACUACAGGA